UUGGUUGUGCACGUAAAUGUUUACUGUCUACAGCUAUUGGAUCUGUAAAUAAAGCGUGGCGUUGUAUAGGCGUUUCUGUGUUGAGUAAUAUGGUAUGCUUAGAAGUUGAUUGAAGAGUAACGGUAUGGGCUGAUUUAAUUAUGAUGUGAAAAGGGUCCAUUUUUGAGCAGUCAGUAAGUGCCAAUUAUUAGAACGCCUGAGCUCGAGUAACGCGGGAAACGUAUUUUUUGGCGAAGACUUAAAAAAAUAGCAAAUUUCAGCGAAAUCGUAAUGGUGUGUUUAUUAGUGAGCUGAAAAGCGAGAGGAACAAUAACAAAAGAAGCAAAGUGAAGAAUGGGAAACUAAUUUAAACCAAAAAAACAGAGUGUUGUGAACGGGGACAAUGAAUUGCGCGGCCCCCGUUUGGUUUGCAGUGCAGGAAGAAGUAGACAGAGCAGCCAGUAGAAACAUUCCCAGAUCUGGCUUAGACAGCUUUGACAAUGCUUUUCUUUUAAAACACUUUCACUUUACACGACCCGCCAUUCAAUUCAUCGUAGACUGCGUGCGGGACAGCCUGGCACGAGUGACUCGCCGUUCUAGAGCCCUCUCCGUCGAGGAUCUAGUGUUGGCAGCUCUCAGUUUUUAUGCUAAUGGUUCGCUGCAGAGGCAUAUGGCCAACCUAGUGGGCAUAAGUCAGUCUUCGGUCAGUAGAGCUGUGGCAACUGUAUCUAAAGUGUUAGCCGAGAAAGUUCCAAUGUUUGUUACAUUCCCCAGUACCACAGAAGACAAGGAUGUCAUGGCUCAAGAGUUCUUCAAACUGUGUGGCAUUACCAACAUUCUUGGGAUUGUAGGCUGUAUGCACAUGCGGAUCAAAGCACCCUUGGAAGAUGAGUAUGCCUUUUUGAACAGCAAAAAUUACCACUCGAUCAAUUGUCAAAUGAUUUGCGAUUCACAUGGCAAUUUAUUACACUUGGAAAACCACUGGCCAGGGGGCACCCCCGGUUCUCUCAUAUGGGAGAAGUCUACCAUACGGCAACAGUUUCUUACAGGAGAACAUGGCGAAUUCUGGCUCAUAGGUGACAGCUGUUACCCUUUGUCAAAGAAUCUGCUUACGCCAGUUCAUUUUCCAGUGAGUCCAGCAGAGAAGUGGUACAAUGAAGCCCAUUCACAAGCAGUUGAUGUCAUUCGACAAACCUUUAGUGCCUUAAAAGCCAGGUUUAGAUGCCUAGACAAUUUGGGCGGCAACCAGAAGUAUACACCUGCACGAGCAAGUGAUAUAAUAAGUGCAUGCUGUGUUUUGCAUAAUAUUGCUCAGAAGUUUUCUGUUAGCUUGCCAGAGAUUACGUUUCUUCAAGAAAAUGUAUUCGAUAACACUGAAGAAACCUUCAGACAGCAUGAUGAAGAAAUGGUUAUCAUGAGAGAGAAAGUUAUAAAAGCGCUUUUCUCCAACAGCAAACAUGGUAUCAAAAAGAUCAGACAAUAUCCACAAAAAGUAAAAAAAAAAAACAAAAUUGUAAAGACUGAUUUUAUCUAACUCAAAGAUUCUACCUUUGUUUGCUUUUAGUAGUACGUCCAUGGACGUCACACUAGUAAGCAUAAACUGAAGAGAUAUCCCAGGUGGAAUACAUCCUUUAUUUACUAGGAAUUAAUAUUUUUAAAUUGUGAAAUUGCUGAAAGGCAUAUUUUUAAUGCAUUCGCGCCCCAUUUAGCCUUAAGUAAAUAUGUGACCAGUAGUAGUUUUUGUUUUUACUUGUACAUGUAUUUGCCUGGCAGACUCUUUUAUCCAAACAGGUAAACUUAAGCAAGUAAAAUCAAGUAACAUUAGGCUAGGGCUUGUUUGUUCAUAAAGUGUUGCAGGGCAGAUAACAAAACUUGAUUGCCACAAGUGAAAACAUGUAAUGACUAAUAAAUUCACAAACAGAUAUUUGUCCACCAGGUGGCACCUGAUUAACUGAUUUAUGUUCUUGAGACAAUUCCUGUGGUCAUUAAAAAAUACAUUCAAAGAACUAGUACAUCCACAAUUUCACAAUUUAUCCUUCUAUAAGAAAUGCCUCAUUGAUGAGGAAUAAUCUGAAAUUUUCAGUCCAAUUUUAAAUGUACUUUCAAGCAUUUAAUAAGCAGUAACAAAGCUAGAGAUUGCACAAUUCAGUUGUCUUCAAAUCAUAAUGUGAAUAAAGGGGCAGCGUAUCCAUGUAGUAACUUGAAAGCAGAGUAUUUCAACAAAAUAUACCUAUUUAAAGAUGUCGAUGUUAAUAAUACACUAAUAUAUUAUAAAUUUGAUGAUCAAGCUAUGAAUGUAAUUUUGAUUAUCCAAUUUCAAAUCCCCCAAUUAGUCACAUAUCAGAGACUAUCCAUGGUUGUUAAGAUCCAGUGACGGUUUCAACAAAAGAAUAUUUUCACAAGUGUACCAUCCAAUACCACAUGUGAACAUUUCUCAUUAUGAAAUACUGCAAAUUGUACUUUGUAUUAUCAGUCUUCAUGUGUCAUCUGUUACUUUGCAUUUAAAGAUAUGUUAUUGUAAUUCUAUGUGUAUAUUGUUUAUUUGAAUAGUUUUACUUGCAUUAAAAUAGAUUAGAGUGGAAAGGAAUUAAAAAAAUGAUGACACUCAUCAUUUAUCUAAACUAGAAAUCAUGUCCCUUGUAUAACAGUGUCAAACUUUAACCAGGUGCUUAUUUAUAGUACCUAUAUGAAGAGACUCCAUGAAUGUCAAACUUGUAUGAGAUUGUUCAUUUACAGUCAGCUACACCUUUUUACCGUAUAUAAAUGGGAUUAACCAAAGAAUAACACUUUAGGUUCACAUUAUUAAAGAUACUAAGCAAAAUAAGUGUUUGAAUGCUAAAAUUAAGCAUUAUGCUUCAAUUUCCUUUCUUCCCUUUCUUGCUGGAUGAAUUACAAAGUGCAGCCUUUAAAUAUCCUAUUAAAUAUUAAGGUUUUUACUUUUGAAAGAUGUUUAAGAACUUCAUUCAGUUUGAGAAUUUCUGUUCAGAAACAGCAGCAGUGCUAUGUAGCUAGUUACACGCAUUGCCAAUUUCAAAAACUGAAGUGUGCUUCCAUUGGGCAUAUGGGUGGGUAUAUUGCACAAAAAUGUAUAUAUGAACCACAUGACAAACUUCCCACUAGAAUUUCUCAUUCUUAUUGAAUACAACAACAACAUUUAUUUAUAUAGCAUGUUUUCAUACAAAUG